CUCACAAAUGUGACAGUUCAAAGUUUGUUUAUACAAGAAAGAAAAGCACAAAAAUUCCAGUUUGGAUGUCGUAUUUGGAGAAAAAAUGGACUCUGUAAACGACGUAAUGAAUACAUUUGCCUUUGCUGCCUAUUGCCACAGAGAGGAUGUACAGUCGAAUGCGUCCAAAAAAUCUCGCAGAAAGAAGCAUUUUUGCUGGCAAUGCAAAAAAACAUUUGCGAACAAAGUGAAUUUGAACAAUCACAAUUUGCGCUAUCACGAAAACAAGCGGUACGGAUGCACAUUAUGCGGUAAGGCAUUUGGUCUCGAACGAGACCUAAAGCAGCACAUUCAAAAGCACCAGAACAAGAAAGCGUUCAAAUGCAAACUAUGCGACAAGGCCUAUUCCAGCCUCGACAAAUUGAACGAGCACAGCAUUGUGCAUGAUCAAAGCAAAGCCCAUUUCGAGUGCAGCUUCUGUGGAAAAGAGUUUUUCAAGCAAUCCAUUUAUCAUCAGCACUUGCAAAGACAUAGCACCGUUUGGAAGUGUCCCGAGUGCCAAAAAGUGUUAAAAUCCAAAUACACAUACGAACGACAUGUGCGUCGUCACAGUGGAAACCCGGAAAUUGCGUGCAACAUGUGUGAACGCCGAUACUAUGACAAUGAACGAUUGAAGCAGCAUCAGAAAAAGAAGCAUGGCUAUCCACCUCCGUUAAACACAAAUCUCAUCGGAACUGGUAUUUCGAGCGGUGUUCCACCGGCAGCUAUGGUCGAAACAGCACAAUCCAGAAGGCAAAUUCUCAGCCCAGCAUCCAUUAAACAACAUCAACCAGCACAAUUGUUAGAUUUAGGUUAUCCAACACAAUUGCAUUUCCUAUAAACCGAUUUUUUUUUCGCUUUUGCGCUCUUUUUUUCCCCUCUCUUUUUGUGAAAUUAAUUGAGAGACAUGCAAUAGACAUUGUAUACGAGAGAUAUUUUUUUUCCUUUUUUUCGCUUAUUUUAACGCUUUUAUUUUAAUCUCAGAAGCAGCGUAUCAACUACAUUUAUCAUUUUUAAGUUUUUAUGUAUACCCACAUAUUUCUAUUCAAAGUCAUCGUUGAUUUACAAUGCAUGAACAAAUUUAUUCGCUAUUUUUGAUCAAAAAUUCUACCUAUUUUUACUUUAGUUGUGAAUCAAUAAAAUAAUCAUCUUUUUUCUUCAAAUAAAUAUUUGCAAC